AUGGCCUCCGUCAACAUCGUGAAGGGAACCAAAGAGCAACUCGUCGCUUUCCUGGUCCUCAAUCUAUGGCCUUCUCACUUUGGAUUACCUCUCCUUCUCGCUACGAUCCUGCUUUCCAGGAAGGUUCAUCGGCACCCGACAUUCAUCAAUCUCUGUACUGGCUUUAUUCUCGUUGGAGUUGCAUCUUGUUUGCUCCUCUAUGCAGGUAAAACCACCGGACCAGAACCCUCGAAAGAGCUAUGUUUGUUCCAGGCCUCGAUUCUCUACGGCUUCCCGGCAUUCGCAUCUCUUUUGGGCUUUAUGCUCGUCUUGCAGAUGUUCCUUGUGGUGCGAGCAUCUGCCCAAAAGCAAGUUAUACGAGGUCCCCAAGCACUGCGGUUAUGGAUCAUGUUGGCGACCCCAUAUCUUGCGCUCUUGAUCAGUAUGGCUGCUACCAUUGCGGUUGGGGUUGCCCGUCCAGAGAGUGUAUCGCGCGAUCGUCGUUUUUUCUAUUGCUCAGUUGAUUCAGGCAUCCUCUCUGGGACACUUGCUGCUGCUGGAGCCUUAGUUCUUAUUGCAACCCUCGCCCUUGAAAUUUGGACCCUGGUCAUCCUUUUCAAGAACCACAAGGUCAAUCAAGGGGUGCUCGAGCUCAGCUUGCCUAUUCGCGUCAUGGCAUUCGGUCUCUACGUUAUUAUCGCGAUCAGUCUGAGUCUCCUCAGUGUAACCUCACCCGAAAGUCCCAUUCCUGAUUUAGUGAUUGCGUCGGCUGCAACCGUCAUCAUCUUGAUCUUCGGUACUCAGCGCGAUAUUUUACGAGCACUUUGCUUCUGGCACAAAGAACCUCAACUCAAGUUCAACCAGCUCAGCUCUGCUCCAGUCACAGGCAGUCACGUGUCGCAAAAAUCCAAAGUUUCCGAAUCGGUAUAG